AUGUAUUCAGAGUCUCUACCCAAAUUGAGCAGUCAAGAUGAAGAAGGGGGGGCGGGACAUCCUUUUGGAGGUGGCCUGAAUCAUUUCGAACCAAUACCCCACGAUCAUGAUUUUUGCGAAAGAGUUGUUAUAAAUGUUAGUGGUUUAAGGUUCGAGACGCAAUUACGAACAUUAAAUCAAUUUCCGGACACAUUAUUAGGUGAUCCGGAUCGACGGUUAAGGUACUUUGACCCGCUACGAAAUGAAUAUUUUUUUGAUCGGAACCGACCAAGUUUUGAUGCAAUUUUAUAUUAUUAUCAGAGCGGCGGUCGAUUAAGGAGACCAGUGAAUGUACCUUUAGAUGUAUUUAGUGAAGAAAUAAAAUUUUAUGAAUUAGGUGAACCAGCAAUUAAUAAAUUCAGAGAGGAUGAAGGCUUCAUAAAAGAAGAAGAAAGACCAUUACCUGAUAAUGAGAACCAAAAGAAAGUUUGGUUGUUGUUUGAAUAUCCGGAGAGCUCACAAGCGGCCCGCGUUGUAGCCAUAAUUAGUGUAUUUGUUAUUCUUUUAUCAAUUGUUAUUUUCUGUUUAGAAACUUUACCCGAAUUUAAACAUUAUAAGGUGUUCAAUACAACAACCAAUGGCACAAAAAUCGAGGAAGAUGAGGUGCCUGAUAUAACAGACCCAUUCUUCCUGAUAGAAACGAUAUGUAUUAUAUGGUUUACAUUCGAACUUAGUGUCAGGGGAGAAGAAGAUACGUUAAAUCUUCCCAAGGCACCAGUUAGUCCACAGGACAAGUCAACGAAUCAGGCUAUGUCCUUAGCAAUAUUGCGGGUGAUACGUUUAGUUCGAGUGUUUCGAAUAUUCAAAUUAUCUAGACAUUCGAAAGGCUUACAAAUUUUAGGACGAACACUAAAAGCAUCGAUGCGAGAAUUAGGCUUACUCAUAUUUUUCCUAUUCAUAGGCGUUGUUCUCUUCUCGUCAGCCGUUUAUUUUGCUGAAGCUGGAAGCGAAAGUUCUUUCUUCAAAUCUAUACCGGAUGCGUUCUGGUGGGCUGUUGUAACUAUGAGUCAAAACUUUAACCAUGUUACGAGUUGCCCAUAUCUACCAGGAACUUUAGGACAACAUUUGAAGAAGGCAUCUCUUUCUGAAUCCUCAUCGGAAAUGGAUUUAGAAGAUGGUGUUGAAUCGACACCUGGCUUAAUAGGUGAUCGCAUAGUUCCGUUUUUAGGAGCGCACAAUUUAAAUGAUAAGCAACAACAAAACUGCUGUAAACCCACUAGACAAAGCUUGCAACAACGUCACAAUAGCGCGCUUGCUGUUAUUAAACGGACACUUCGCGCUUUAUUAUGGCCAUCUCCUGGCAUUAUGCGUUAUCUGCCAGUAUCACCUAAAGCAGUUUAAUCGAUGUGCAUCGAAACAUGGAAAGGUAUGAGUGCAGGAACAGAACGUUGUUUAUAAUGUAAACAAAAGUGAAAUGACAAAAACAAAUCUUUUCGUCGAAAACAAGAAGAGAAAUAAAAUGAGGCAAAGGAAAAAAAUAAAUUUGAAAAAUAAACAAGAAUACUCAAAUUAAUUAUCAAUUUAUUAAAUAUAAAAGCCAAGACUAAGAAGAAAAAUCGACUUCAAUUUUUAUCAAAGCAUUGAAAUUAUCAACAGCAAUUAAUAGCUGUUGUGCAAUCUUGGAGGAGUGCAAGAUGAUUUAUAAGUUAUUGGAAAGGAAUCUUCAUUAGUUAAAAAUUUAAUGCUCAAUAUAACAAAUUGAUAUUGAAAAUAUCUGAAGCUUUAAACACGUUGCAAUUCAUUCAAAGUGAAAAUGCAUAUCGUUGAAUUGGCAUUUUUUGUUUUCUUUUUGAAUAUCUGAGUACAUUAAUGAACAAUAUCUGCCACAUGUCAAAUUGAAUUAUACCAGAUGGAAAAUGAAGGAAAAAAGACACAGCAAAACUUUUGAUUUCUUCUUUAAUUGCAACGAAAUGAAAGAUGUUUGAAAUGUUUUCAGAAUUAAAUAAAAAAUUCGGAUGAAAACCAUUGAGUCAAAACAACAUUCCAAAAGAUCAGCAUUCAACUGGCAAGAUAUUUAAAGAAUCAAAAAUAUCUUCAAAUGUGAGAAGAUGGGUUAAUACAACGUCGAUAAUUUGUUACAUUUAAGUUAAAAUACGUGAUGAUGCACAGAAGCGUACCAAAAAGAAAAUAAAAUAAAAUAAAAAAUUAUUGCCCAAAGCAAAUAAAACUUAUCUCAAAGUGAAAACGUUCUUAUAGAUAAAGAAAUUGAAAUUCAUAAAGUUCUUAUAUCUACUAUGAAAUGAAAUUCGUUCUAAUGAACUUUGUAAUAUUCUGCCAACGCUCUCGACAAAAGAAAUGAAAAGUAAAAAAAAUUCAUGUCAGACAUAGAUUUAUAAAUGCUAAACAAAAGUAUUAUAGCGGGAAUUUUGAGUAAUGAAGAUUAGUUGGAGAAGACAUUUUUAUGAUCAUAAUAUUCAAGAAAAAAAUAUGAGAGAUAAACGUAAGGGAUGUUUGAAUAUGUCUUAUUAAAUCUCUCCACAAAUAUUAGAACUGAGUAAUAACUUUGAAACCAAAUUAAAAGAAAAAAAGCUUCAGAUUGAAAUCUCAGAAUAGUUGGUGUUUCAUGUAAAUCUAAUUAUUUUAUGUUAAAUCUUCUCGCAAAGCUAUGUAACUGUAACUUUCUCCUUUAGAAUUAAUCGAAAAAGAAUUAGUCAAAAACAAACUGCAUUGAAAAUGAAUGAUAUCUGAAUGUUUAAAGACUUUUUAAGCAUAUCAUUACAAAUUCUUACUAAAAAUUUAAUGUGAAGAUACAUAAAUAGAAAGAUGUGAACGAUGAAACGUACGUAUGGAGAACUAUGAACAUUAAAGAAAAAUCAUUUUUCAUCCUUACACAAGAGACUCAAUUCUUAAUUUUUUCUUAUGUAUGUGACAACCCUCCUUUCACAAACUUUAACCUUUUGUACAACUUCUCCAAUCCAAAUCGUCUUUCAUUCAAAGGAGAUUUUCUUUUUUUUCUUUGAAAUAGAAGAGAACGAAUUUUAGUUGCGCCUGACGAUAUAAAAAAAAAAUAAAAGUUCUAAAUAGAGAAAAAAGGAUAAAGAUUAUUGUAAUAAAAUAGUUCAAAUUGUGAUAUAAGUUAAAAGAAAAUUGAAAGGAACCUUUGACGUACGUUAGAACGAUUUAUGAAGGCAGCAUAUGAAAAGGGCUUAAAGCAUUAAUUUUAUGUUGUUUCUCAAAACAAAUAUAUUCGGUGCAUGAUAAUAUUUAGCAUAAUGUUAAUUUUAUCUGAAAGAUUACUAGUACAUCUAUAUAAGAAACUAUUUUGUUGCAAAUAGAUUUAGAUAAGUUAUAUUUUUUGAAAAUUCAUAAACUUAAUAAAUUUUGAG